AACUUCUCCAGCUUCUUCAAAUUCUCUUUUGCCACCUCAAGACACUAUCACUUUCUCACCAUGGCUGGACACAACGAUGGACACCACCUCUUGCACAAGGAUGCUGCUUUUGAAAGGUUCUACAAGUACAGAGAGAACUAUGGCCAGAUCUUCCGAAUGACCAAGGGAGCAGCCAAAACCAACUUGAUCUGGAUGGGUCUCUUUCCUGCUGCUCUCAUCUACAUUGGCGCAAAGACUGAUGGCUGGAGCGACUAUGUUCCUGCCAGCAGAAGAACUGCUCCAAUUUUCAAAGAAUAUGUUCCAAAGGACUUCUGAUCCAACCAACCCCAAACAUUCCACCGCCACUUUAAUUAGAAUUUAUAUCUUAUAAUCAAUUUAAUGUACCAUCUAAUUACUUCUUCACUCUAGCAU